AUGUCUAUGUCUAAUGAAGAAAGUGAAGAGGCACGAGAAUUAAAUGCAACUUAUCGAUUUCUCGCGGGGAUUCAUGAAUAUUUCGAUCGUGCGUCUCCCAAAUGGAACAUCUUAGACUUCUUAAAUGAAUGUGAAGCGGAACAGUUCGAUCAGAAAAUAGGGCUAUACAUUAGAUCCUUGGAAAAAGUCGCCAAUAAGGAAAACGGUGAAAGACAACAAAAUGCACAUAUCCUGCUCGAAAAAUAUAGAAAGAAGGUUGUCUGGAGUUCAAGGCUAGAAGCUGACCUAACAUUGGCCCCACAGGGCGCAGACAAUCUAAAAGGUUGGCUGAGUUCAAGGCUAAAAGCUGAACCUGGUGCUCGACCCGAUUACCAUUUGGCGAGAAAAUGGAAAAAUGAGUGUGGAUCAACUGGACCUUCAAUUCACCUUCAUAAUCCAACGUUUACGGGAAAUCCUUUGGUGGAAAAUUCUGGAAACGUUAAUAGUGAGGCUUUUAAUUUAUCCAAUGAAAGUGCGUCAAAAAGGAAAAAGGAUGAUGAUCAUGAAAAGCCUUAUGGAAACGAAGAAGAUAAUAUAAAUGACUUUGAUCAGGAGGCUAUAUAUAGCGAUAAUAGUCUUUAUAUCGAAAAUAUAUGCGUACGAUCACAAAUAAUGGAGUGGCGUAAAAAAUCCAAUUUGCUUCGUUAUAAUAUAAUUGAUACUAUCGAAUCAUCAUCAUCAAACUCGCGAAAUCUUUUCAAAGAUAUUUGGGGCAAGAUGAUUGAUGAAAUAGAAGCCAUGUUGUCACCUACUGCAGAGACGGCAAUGUCGGGUAAUGUGAAGGAUGUGCAAGUCGAAGUAGUAAAACUUACGCCAAAACUGUUGUGGCGAAUGUGUGACAGACGUAAUCCUGGAAGUAAAAUCGAUGCUAUUAUAAAGUUAUUGGAAGUAGACCUUGAGCUUUCAGUUGUGGAAGUUUCUGGGUCUCCGAAAGAUGCUGAUCACAAUCACUAUAUUGGUGAUC